GGGGAGACAGACGCUUUGAAAAACCAGGGCGAAAAGAUCCAGGUAUGGUUUUGUUACUGUAUGGGUAGAAGAUGGGAGGGAGGAGCAAGGAUGUGUUUUGGGGAAAUGGUUUAUGUGUACUUAAAGCUUUCUUACCUGCUUCAGAUUUGUUAAUAGAGGGUUCGUGGUACUGUGCUGCUUUACUAUGAAUGUAUUUUCAGUGUUGUUUCUGCCCCAAGUAGAUUUUAUUUGUUUGACGAGGGUGUGUUGUCUGCAGUUGGAAAAAAAUUCCUGUGCAUCUGAGAAGAGCCUUCACUGAUAAGCUCUCUGGCUACUCUGUGGAAUUUACCAUGUAUUUACAGCUUUUAAACAUUCCUGGCAUGUGUUAUUUUGGUAUCUAGAACUUUUGGACCGUGUCAACUGUUUUGAUUUUCUUAAAUGCUCACUUGUGUGGAGUAGAUCCUAAUGGCAACAUGUUGAGGUUCCUAUGAGUACGGAAUGGAUGUCUGUCCAACUAGUUCAAGCUCUCAUAGAAAUCUUCUGUUCAUUGAAGUUACCUGCUUCCUUCUCUCUCCCAGUACAGCUGAAAGAGUAUACCAGUAAUUGUAUCUGCCAUGUUCCCUGUUGUAUUCCUGAGAUGGUUCACAUUGGCCAUAUUCAGGAAAAAUCAUUGAUUUUGACCCAGUGUAUCUCUUUGAUUAUUCACCUGAAUUUGAGUUGAGAUAUUGUUGCUUGGGAAGUGGAACAUAUCCAUUUAGGUAGAAUCUGCAUUGUGUGAGUGGUAAGGAAGGUUCUCCUCUGUCAGCUGGGUGUGCUGUGUCUUCUGUUUCAUGGGAUUGUGCUGGUUGUUCCCUGAUGUGACCUUCCCCUCUCUCUGUGGCAUGUUUCCACGUGCAUGUACUGCAGCUAUUUAGUGGGAGUUCUUGGCAGGACGGUCAGCAAACUUUUAGUAGAUGGCUAAACAGCCUCCAUAGUGAAUGUGUUGGAAAAGCAUAGGUCAGAAAAUAUGGCUGCAGGUUGGGUUUCAGGACCAACAAAACUUCCCAGGGGAGAUUCAGUUGCAAUUGGAGGUUGAUAGGAACGUGUUUUAAUGCCUGAACAGCAGUCAGUAUUUUUAUUUAUUUAUCUUUUUGAGAGAGUAGUGUGAGUUUCUACCUCAGUAAUCCAAAUUACCAUUGUGGCCUAUACUUUUAGGAAUCUUACUACCUUGUUUCCUUUCAAAGCCUUCUGAAUUCUCUCUCCAUGUACAUAUUGAUCCUUUAUAUAUUUUAAAGAAUGCUUUUCAUUUUUUUGUUUUUUAACAUGAAAAGUGAUUAACUGGGAUGGUGCUAGUUUUCCUCGUCUUCUAUUUUCCUUGAAAGAGAUUACUCCUGAAAAUAACUUGGGAUUUUGCUGAGAUUUGCCCCCUCUUUAUAUCUCCAGUAGUGAAAGUUUGUCUUUGAGUGUGUGCUUAUAGGCAGAGACCUUCAGAGAAUGAAAAAAAGUGCUGCUGAAGUUUCAGGACUGCAUUUUUUUUUAACAAAAUACAAAUGGAUGUGGCAACAGCAAGAGCAGUAUCUACUAUCAUUGGUUAUUUAUUUAGCCCCUUCUUCUUCCUCUGAUAAAACAAAGCACUACGAGAUCCAGACUGAACAUUGUGCCAUGUUUCUGAUUAAGGCUGAAGAAAAUAUUGCCAGUCACUUUAGGAUGAGAUGCAUCUCUCACUAGAACUUGAGAACUUAACUUGUGCAAGAUGUUCUUACAGAAAGCUGGCUUGGACCUGAACAUAGACAUUAAUGCUGCACCUACUUCAGCAUGUCUUGUGUAAUAAUUAUCAGUCAUCAGGACUUCAGAGUGCAUCUUUUGGGAAUGAUUUUCUGGAAAGAUGGUAUCUCCUUGUGCUUUCUUAAAGUCCUGGUUCAUUGUAGAGGAUGAGGUGCUUUCUUUCCACUUACUAAACUUCACAUAAUACCUGGUUGCUCCUCUAAGUUUCUUGUUGUAUUACUCUUCUAGUUUAAUCUUAUUUGACCAAAACCUCUAUAGCACAAUAUAAGACAAGAAAUGUAGAAUCUUUGUGAUGUCUUAAUGUAAAAUAAUUAGCCAUUCAUGUUUGUUAUUGCUCUGUUUGAGAUGAAUGGCCCUGUAAGUGGGAGCACCAUUUCUUUCCUCUUUACCUUCGGAGAAGUAAGGUGGAAUGCACAGAAGGUGCUGAUAUGUCUUGAUUCAAGCCUUGAUUAAUAAACAAGUAGUUAAUAUUAUGUACAUGCUUUUGAAUGACAAAAUACUUAAAGCCUCAAGUAAGGAUACAGAUGUACCAAAAGAUGUCCCUCAUUAAUGCCAGACACUAGGAUAUCAUUCACAUAGUAGUGAAAGCAGGAAGACGGAGUGAAUUGAUACGCAGUUUAUAAUGUAGGCUAAUGUGCUCUAGCAGAUAUAUCUGUUGGUUUCUGUUGUUCUGCUUAAAAUUUCAAGUUUAGGAUUUUAUUCUUUAAUUUUACAGUGCUUCAGUUUUCCAUUGCUUUUGGAUAGGGCCUUAGAUCAGCCUCAAAUUACGUAGUUUAAUGAGUUGUCAACUUUUUUGUUUUCUUUGUUCAGGGUGAUCACACUACAAAAUUAAUAAAGGAUAAGAGAAAGCUUUUCUGAGCGUUCAUAAUGGGUGACAGGGCAAGAACCUUUCAAUUAAACAUCAUGAGAUAAAAGGGGGGUAAUUCAGUAGAGAAAUGUUUCUCAAAUAUUGAAGAAUAUACUGUUCUUCAGAGGGGUUUUGCACUCAUAAGUUUGCAAGUUCUCAUUUAGCUGAUGCUCAGUGUAAACAGUUUCAGUUUGCAAAUUAAGAUGCAAAUCAAGUAUUUGCGAGUUUCUCUUGCAAACUAAGUUUCGACAGGCUUUAUUGAGACAGCAAAUUGCGUCUGGAAGGCUGAGGCCAUUAGCAGAGAAAAUGAGCAAGUUUUCUAGAUCACAGCUGUCUUGGAGUUGCACGAAAGCUGCUUAAUUUUCUGUGCAACCCCUUGACUAAUGUCAGCUUAGUAGCCCCGGGGAUUUGAGUACUUACCAGCAAUUACACACUGGUAAGAAAUAAUUGUAGAUUAAACAAGACAUUUAGAAAGUCAGUUGUGGAACCUGAUUUAGUUCUGUUUAAUGUGUGUUUAUUGAUUAAGUUAAGAAGACUUGAACGUAAAAAGGCUGCUCCUGUGAAUAUAACAAGGGUGUUGAAUUUCUUUCAUUUUUCCUGGCUUGUUUUUCUUCCCUACCUCACUAGUAUAGGUAGGUAUAUCCAAAGAAGAUUCAUCACAGAUUUGCUCUGGCAGGGUUACUGAAAGCCUUGAAUGCAAUUUUGCAUCUAUGCUUACAAAAAACUUUUUCUAGGCUUCUGAUUUGCCCCAUGGCCUGUUUCCAGUGCUUCCUGAGACUCCAUGGUUCACCAGUUCUGCAGAACGGUGAAAGCAAUAUUGAUGGUUCUACCUGCUUUUUGUUCUGCACUGUUCUGAGAUAGAGACAUUCAGUUGUUUGUAUGUCUCAUUUGCUUCAGCAGUAUUCUUCAGCUGUGUAUUCAAAAGUGUAGCAUUUGAAGACAGCACCUAGGGUAUGCUAAAAGUAUUCUUUAUACUUGCUGCUCUACCCCCUUUUAAACCACAUCUAUGAAUAGGAAAUGAUUUUAAAAAUGAGGGACAACUUGCAACCCUCAAGUCAAUUUAGACAUUGGACUAAGCAACCAAAACUUUGAUUAGAUGUUAAUUGAAAUUAGAAAUAGCUUUUUAUAGCUUGGGCUCUAAAAGAUGUGAUUAUAGUGCCACCCUGUUGAGAUUAUACAUGUGAAUUUUACAGUAAUUUGUCUGAGAAUGGAGCAUGUAAGAGAGAGAAAGCGCAGUACCUCACACAGAGCACUGCUCUUGGUUAUUUCAGACUUGACACAAAUCCAUUCUGUUGCUCUUGCACUGGUUCUUAAUUUGUCAGACUUUUCUCUCCCAAUGCAAUGUAUUGAGAAGGUUUCAAGUAUUAUUGAUUCCAUUGAUUCUAUGAUAAAUAACAUUGUAGAAGGAAAUAAUAGCAAAUUAUUGGUACUAAUAGGAAGAUUGAGGAGGGAUCUCUAAACUGUGUAUGGGUCAACAACUGAGAAUAGCAGGGUUGAAGGCUGUGUAAUUUGGUAGUGUGUUGCUCUGCAAGUUCCACAGUAUUCAUUAAUGCUUUUACAUAAAUUUAAAUUUCAUGAAAGAUUUUGAGGAAAAUCUACAACAAAACUAAAUCCAGUUAAGAUCUGUAAUGUAGAGAGGCAGUGCUUAAACAAGUUGGAAACGAGCUAAAUUGCUCAGCUCUUUGUGAUUGUGAACACGGUUUGAUUUUGAGGCUCAAGAAGAGUUCGGUUAAUGCUAUCUCAUCCGUUUAUUCCUGCUGCUGACCACUGAAGUUAAAAGGAAGCACAUUUUGUAGAGUUUUAUGCUUCUGUAAAUGAGAGCUAGUUAGACCAUCUUUGUAGUAAAUAUCUUUCACUUUUGAGAAAUUAACUUUCUUUUGAUACUUGACUUUUCAAGUAUGAACACAGUCAACAUUGUUUUUGUUAAGAGCUUGUAAAUAAUUAUCCUUUGUUCUAUUUAUUCUCUACCUUUUAAAAUUAUUUAGGAGCUUUAGACUUAAGUCUUAAUUGCAAUAGACUUAGGAAGCACUUAAAUACAAAAGUCCCAUGUAGUUUAAUUUUUUAUUUUAAAAUUGAUUCAAGUGUCUUUGUAAAUACUUUUGUGCUGUAUGUAAAGGCAAAUAUUGAUGUUAAAAAGCAUAAAAUACAAAUGGAUGCAGUUCUACUUCUCAUGUGGAUGCAGUGCAUCCUCCAGGGUCAGACCUACUUGAGAAGCAGCACAAAGCUGAGGAUGCAUGGAAUGUGUUGUCCUUGCAAGAAAGCACAUUCGUUCACUUACGAUGGUCUGGUUUCCACUGCUAAAUAAUUUAUUUGGUGUUUCCAAAUACGAAAAAUGUUCCAGUCAGCAUUUGCCAUAUGCAUCAAGAUUUUUUCAUAAUGUCUUCAUAGACCAAUGAGGAGAUUAGUUCUCCUCAUAUCUGACAGAACAAAAAGCUACAGAUAAUAUUUACAGUUCUGCUUAAUCAGCAAGCACAGCAGGGGGACUUCUCACUGCUGUGAGAGGUUGGCAAUACUUCCUAAGAGUAAGUUCAUCCCUCCGAAAUCAGAUAUAACCAAGUAUCUCACAAAGAGUGAAAAUAACAGAAAAACCGGGGUCUUGAAUCAACUGAGUUGCUUAUCCAAGGACUAAUGUAUUGACUGAAUGACUCCAUAUUGGUUUUGCGUGAGAUUUUUGUCUUGUAUUUUUGCUGUCCAAUUUUGUCGCAAGCAGGUUAGUUAGGAUUUUGGUCAGCUUUGGAAGUCUCUCCCGUCACAAUCACACAACUUUAAUCACGAUCUAGUGACUUCAGCAGGUAGCUCUUCUGAUUUCCCAGCAGUACUGUGAAUCUUGUACCUGCCUUUGUCCUAGGUGGUUGAUCCACCCUCUCCCAAGUUUGCAUGGGCAUGUCAGUUCUCUUCGCUUUGCAUAUUGUGUUGUGAUCAGUAGGAGGAAAAUAGGAGAGAUCAUUAGAAGAUGGCAGGGCAGGCAAGGAAAGAACGUUGUCAAUGUGACCUCAGAGUUUAAUGUAAUAAUAAUUAAAAAAAAGCACAAAGUUCAAAGUCUGUUCCAUCUAUUCUGUGAGGCCAGUCUCAGAGAGCUGGAAGCUGUCGACGUGUUGUCCGUUGAUGCGGAUCUCCUUGGCAGUCCUCAUUGGAUUCAUUGAAUCAGCUGCGGCUGGGAGCUCAGGAAUUGUCUUGUCAAAAUUCUCCAUCUUGAUCUGAUAUUCACCUUUGGCACUGCGGGCUAGCACAGGGGCAAAACGAUGGUACAGCAUGAUCUCUGAGGGGAGGUAGGAUGUCCUCCUCUGACAAAUUUCUCCUGUCCCUUCCUGCACCGCUGAUAGAAAGACGACCAGCUCAAAGUGGUGGAAGUCAAUACUGGUCUGGUGCAGCUGACCGUUCUCCUGUUCUUGGUAAAGAAUAGCAGAAAUCUGGACGCUGGUGAGUGGGCUGGAGCGUGUGUUAGCCACCUGGAACAUAAGGUAUGGCUUCCCCUCUGUGUGGGUCACUACGGCAGAGCGAGUGAAGCGGAUGGAGAAUGCCCGGUUCUUUGGACGGGCAAUCUUUGCCACAAAAGCACCUGUGUCAUGGAAAAGAAGGCAUUGAAAGUGAGGAUUGUGCCUGGGUUGUUUCCAUGCAGUCUCUGAGCUGCAUAAAUUAGUCGAAAGGAAUAGAAACUGCCUUAAGUGUACAAGGUCCUUUUGACAACUGCAAAGCUGCCCACUUAGUGCCCCUACAUACUGUAAUUAGCAAUAGCAUGUAAUCUUGAUAGGCUACUGCUUGAGAAAUUUAUUGCUUAAUAUACAAUAAAUUGAAUACUUAAAGUCUGUUGAUGUACCUUAAACCUGAGAAGCACUUUAAGGAACUUAAAGUCUCUGUGAACAACUGCAACAUCCUAGAAAUUUCCAUUAUGUUAAGUACUGAGGAAUACUAAAUACUGACUUAAAGAUGAAUAAAAAUUUCCACCUAGACAAAUAUACAACUAACUGUUAAAUUGGCUUUACAAAUAUUAAUCCCAUUGAAAAGAUUCUUUCCAUUGAGAAAUAGAUCAUGGUAUAACAAGUAAGUGAUUGAGACUGGUAACUGGGGUACUACCACAAGUAUCAACCAAUGAAUAGUAAUACUUUCUAAUGCAAAUCUUGAUACUGCCUAUUAUUAAUUAUUACAUAGCUGCGAUCUUGUAAUCCCUUUAGUAACUGAACUUUCUCUCAGGUACCACUAUGAUUCGUACUUAUUUCUGACUUACAUGACAUUAAACCUGUCAUAUCUCAAGAUUAAAUGUGAGAUAUUACCUGUGAUGAAGGCUUCCAGCAUGAGCCCUAAGACCAUCUGUAUUGCAAGCAGGGCAAUAGCACUGGGGCAGUCCCCGCUUGGGAACAUGGUACCAUAACCAAUGGUGAGUUGUGUCUCCAGUGAGAAGGAGAAUGCAGCUGUAAAACUGGUGAUGUACUUGACACAGAUAGUAUGGUUGUCAGGUGGAGAGUCGUGGUCCAGCUCCAGGUCACCGUUCAUCUCAGCCAGCACAUACCAAAGCACUGCAAAAACUAGCCAGUGAAUGACAAAAGAAGCGGAAAAGACAAGCAUCAUCCAUCUCCAGCGCAUGUCCAUUAGUAUUCCCCAGGCAUCUCGGAGGUAUGCCAGACCUUGUCCUUGUGCACCAUCCAUCUGGAAUGUGCUGUGUCCAUCCUUUGUGACCAUUCUCAGAUAGCUGUGAAGGAUGCAUUUUUAUAGGAGGAGGAUUUUCCAAAUAUACAUAAAUUCUGCAAGCCAUAAUUAUACAUGUGGUGGUGGAUCCUCACUGGAAUGGGUCAGCAGUUACAGCAGCAUGUGUCUGACCUGAGUUACUGCACACAACACACAUGCUUUUUGUGAAAACAUAUACAUGAUCCUUCUGUGGCAGCAUUGUUCUUCAUGAGACCAAACUUUGAGGAAGGUGGGACAGCAGCAACAGGGAGGAAGCAUGAGUUUAUACGCUCUGAGAGUGAGAACUGGCGCAUCUUCAGGGAGGAGCAGAAUGGGGAAGAUGAUGAUGGAGGCUGGCGACUGGCUGGGUCACGCAGGGAUGGUGAGAGGUGGCGUCCUCACAGCCCAGGCUGGCGAGAGCACAUGGAACGACGACGGAGAUUUGAGUUUGAUUUCCGGGAACGAGAUGAUGAACGGGGCUAUCGGCGAGUGCGGUGUGGGAGCGGCAGCAUGGAUGAUGACAGGGACAGCCUCCCUGAGUGGUGCUUAGAAGAUGCAGAAGAAGAAAUGGGAACGUUUGACUCUUCUGGAGCAUUUCUCUCUUUGAAGAAGGUGCAGAAGGAGCCAAUUCCUGAGGAACAGGAGAUGGACUUCCGACCUGUGGACGAAGGGGAGGAAAGAUCUGACUCUGAAGGGAGCCACAGUGAAGAUGCCAAAAAUCAUGAAAAGACUACCAGGAAGGAGGGGGAGAAAACAGAUAGAAUAGUGUCAGAACCAUACAAUGUUACAGAAGCAGCAGAAGAAGCAGUCCAAACAUCUUCACCAGCUACCAGAUCAGAGAGCCCACCAAAAUCCCAGCUUCAAGACUCCCCGCAGACAAGCCUUUUUGAAAGGAAAGAGGAGUCUGUCCCAGAAAGAACAGAAAAAACAGAAGAUAAAGAAAGUCGAACAGAGAAUACACCGCCAGCCAAAUUGUCCAGCAGAGGGGAAGAUUUGGCUUCUGCUGCUCAACCUUUGCCACAGAGAUCUGCAGACACAGCUUCUCCUGCUCAUCUUUCUCCUCCUGUUUCCAAUUCAAAUCCUGCCCUGCGACCAGUUCAGACACCUGUCACAGCCGCUCCAGGCAUGGGCAACGUUCCCACUGACCCAGAUGAUGAAGAGGGCCUCAAACACCUAGAGCAGCAAGCAGAGAAAAUGGUGGCCUAUCUGCAGGACAGUGCUGUUGAUGAUGAAAGACUAGCAGCAAAAAUUCAAGAGCACAGAGCAAAAGGUUCUUCUAUGCCAUUGUUUCAUGAAGCCAUGCAGAAGUGGUACUACAAAGAUCCUCAAGGAGAAAUUCAGGGUCCUUUCAGUAAUCAGGAGAUGGCAGAGUGGUUCCAGGCUGGAUAUUUCACUAUGUCACUGUUGAUUAAGAGAGCUUGCGAUGAGACUUUCCAGCCACUUGGAGACAUCAUGAAAAUGUGGGGCAGGGUUCCCUUCACUUCAGGUCCAACACCACUUCCACAUCUGGGUGAGCUGGACCAAGAGCGUCUGACUAGACAGCAAGAGUUGGCCCUGAUCCAAAUGCAGCACCUUCAAUAUCAGCACCUUCUGAUACAACAACAAUAUGCACAGGUUCUGGCUCAGCAGCAAAAGGCAGCCCUCUCAUCCCAGCAGCAGCAGCAGCUUGCUAUUCUCUUGCAACAGUUCCAGGCUCUGAAAAUAAGAAUAUCAGAGCAGAACAUGAUGCCACCUGUUACAAGGUCUGUGUCAGUGCCGGACACUGGCUCAAUAUGGGAACUUCAGUCAGCUUCACAGCCUACAGUCUGGGAAGGAAGCAGUGUCUGGGAUCUCCCCCUCGAUACUGCAGCUCAGGGACCAGCUCUAGAACAACUUCAGCAGCUUGAGAAGGCCAAAGCUGCAAAGCUAGAGCAAGAGAGGAGAGAAGUGGAAAUGAGGGCCAAACGAGAGGAAGAAGAGAGGAAAAGGCAGGAGGAACUUCGGAGACAACAAGAAGAACUACUUAGGAGGCAGCAGGAAGAUGAGAGGAAACGGCGGGAAGAAGAAGAACUGGCUCGCAGGAAGCAAGAGAUGGCAGUGAGAGCUGAGAGGGGUGAAGCAGUAGACUUAAUCUGCCUGGACAUCAGGAAGGCUUUUGAUGUAAUACUGCAUAAAAGACUAGUAUAUAAGGAGGAAGCCUUGAGGCGACAACGAGAGCAGGAAAUUGCACUAAGACGGCAGCGGGAGGAAGAGGAAAGACAACAACAGGAGGAAGCACUUAGGAGGUUGGAAGAGAGAAGAAGAGAAGAGGAAGAAAGACGGCAGCGAGAAGAAUUAAUUCGUAAACAGGAAGAGGAGGCUGCCAAGUGGGCACGUGAGGAAGAGGAAGCUCAACGGCGACUUGAGGAGAGUCGGCUACGGAUGGAAGAAGAGGCAGCCAGACAACGGCUCGAAGAAGAGGAGCGAAAGCGCAAGGAGCUGGAACUCCAGCGCCAAAAGGAAAUAAUGAGACAGAGGCAGCAACAGCAGGAAGCUUUACGACGACUGCAACAGCAGCAGCAGCAACAGCAACUUGCCCAAAUGAAGCUCCCUUCAUCUUCAACAUGGGGUCAGCAAUCAAAUUCAGGAGCUUGUCAAUCCCAAACCACACUGUCACUGGCAGAAAUCCAGAAGCUAGAAGAAGAACGAGAACGGCAGCUUCGAGAAGAGCAAAGGCGUCAGCAGCGUGAACUAAUGAAAGCUCUCCAGCAACAGCAGCAGCAACAGCAGCAAAAAUUAUCAGGCUGGGGUAAUGUCACUAAACCAACAGGCACUACCAAGUCCCUGCUGGAGAUACAGCAGGAAGAGGCAAGGCAAAUGCAGAAACAGCAGCAACAGCAGCACCAGCAGCCAAACAGAGUCAGAAAUACUACGCACUCUAACCUGCACACCAGCAUUGGGAAUUCAGUGUGGGGCUCCCUAAACACUAAUCCCAGCAACCAGUGGGCAUCUGACCUAGUCAGUAGCAUCUGGAGUAAUGCUGAUACCAAAAACUCAAACAUGGGUUUCUGGGAUGAUGCAGUGAAGGAAGUGGGACCUCGUAACUCGACCAAUAAAAACAAAAGCAAUGCCAGCCUCAGUAAAUCUGUAGGUAUUACAAGUAGACAGAACAAGAAGGUGGAAGAAGAGGAGAAGCUGUUGAAAUUGUUUCAGGGUGUUAAUAAAGCCCAAGAUGGAUUCACGCAGUGGUGUGAACAGAUGCUUCAUGCACUCAACACAGCCAACAACCUAGAUGUUCCCACGUUUGUUUCUUUCCUGAAGGAAGUAGAGUCUCCCUAUGAGGUCCACGAUUACAUCAGAGCGUAUCUUGGAGAUACUCCUGAGGCCAAGGAGUUUGCCAAGCAGUUUCUUGAGCGCCGUGCCAAACAGAAAGCCAGUCAGCAGCGGCAGCAGCAACAGCAACAGGAUUCGGUGUGGGGAAUGAACCACAGUUCGCUACAUUCAGUCUUUCAGACCAAUCAGAGUAACAACCAGCAAUCGAAUUUUGAAGCUGUACAGAGUGGGAAGAAAAAGAAGAAACAGAAAAUGGUUCGAGCAGAUCCCAGCUUGUUAGGGUUUUCAGUGAAUGCCUCAUCAGAGCGGCUCAACAUGGGAGAAAUAGAGACUUUGGAAGACUACUGAGCAUGUGCAAAUCAACUGGCUUUUGCUGCAUCUGUUAACCCUGGAUUCUCCAUUUUGGACACAGUAUUCUCCACCAUGCGUUCUUCUUCGCCUUGCAGUGAAUCACAGAAUCGGUCAUCUCAGGCUGCUGCUUCUGGCUCCAACAAACCCUUUCUGCCCAGGACUGCACAGGCGUUGUUCCUGCUGUCUUGAGAAUCUGCUCGGGAGUCAAGUGAACUUUGUUCAAAGUCCUGGGAGGGUGGGAGUUUGGAUUUGUUCACAACAAAGCUCAUUUGGGCAGCAA